AUGAGGAAGCUCAAGGUCGCUCAGCGAGCUAUGGAGAGGGCUAUGCUCGGGGUUUCUCUGCGUGAUAAACUUAGGAAUGAGGAUAUCCGCAGUAGAACCAGAAUAACCGACAUAGCCCAACGAAUUAGUAAGCUGAAGUGGCAGUGGGCCGGCCAUAUAGCUCGAAGAACCGACAACCGAUGGGGAAGAAAGGUUCUCGAGUGGCAGCCUCGUACCGGUAGGCGAAGGCGUCCCCUCAUUAGAUGGAGAGACGACCUGGCGAGACAUGCAGGAAAUCAAUGGAUGCAGGUGGCUCGUGACCGUGCUUUGUGGCAUUCCUUAAGGGAGACAUAUGUUCAGCAGUGGACUUGUGAAGGGCUGUAA